AUGGAGAGCCAAAUUCUGCAUCCAAAAGUUGCAGCAUUUCAACCAGAAUGGAACCUGGAAGAUAUCUGCAUGGCAUUCUUCAAAUACACUAGAUGGAAAGUAGAAGAAACUCUGUAUCCAAUCAACUGCCCUUUUCAUUACUUUUGCGACGGCAUUUAUCCUGGGAAUUAUCCGCCGGCUAUGGAUGUUCUAAACACUAGGUACGCAUUCUUGGAAGCUUCAACCAUUUCAGGGAUUUUGCAUGCAAGCGUAUACCUGGACUCUAUUUUCCUUCCUUACUAUGCAGGUAUUGGUGCUCUAGCAUCGUCAACAUUUUCUGGUGAGUGA